AAUUGCUGCCUUAGCUUUAAAGCUAGCCCUCAUACUCGAAAGGAAAAGGACUUUUUUAGUUUGUUCAUGAAACACCAGCAUGGCUUUGUCCCCGGCGGUGACAACACUGUCUGAAAAUGAACAUGAAGUCUUUCUCGACGUUGCGAAGUUGUUACUUACGUACGCGGAUAACAUUUUGAGGUAUCCCAAUGAGGAAAAGUACAGGUCGAUCCGCAUAGGCAAUCCUACAUUCUCCACCAAGCUGUUGCCCAUCAAAGGUGCUGUGGAAUGUCUAUUUGAGAUGGGAUUUGAGGAGGCUGAAACCCACCUGGUGUUCCCCAGGUCUGCAUCCGUGGAACAGCUGAAGCUCAUCAGGGACUCCAUGGCGGCAGAGAUUGAUCAGAGACUGCGUGGAGAACAGCCCGUCCAAACUACUGCCCAGGUCGUCGCACCCUCGGCUUCACCCUCUUCCUCGGUGCCAGAGAGCUCCACUGCUGCCUCCAGCCAGCCAGUUACACCACCUCCAUCACCACAGCCUUCCUCCUUGGAGAACAGUAUGAGCUUUUUUCUGACUCUCCAGUCAAACUUCCAACAUGUGAUGCUUUAUGAAAAUUCGGAGCUACAGCAGAAAGCUAGAAGCCACAUUCCUCACCAGCAGCUGUCCUCUGCGGCUGAAGACAAGCUGAGGGAGGCGAAAGAAGCUGAUCCAGAAUGUAAACUUGGAAUAGAAGACUACCUGGUGCUGGAGUUGCUCAGAUGGUUCAAACAGGACUUCUUCUCCUGGGUGGACUGUCUGCCCUGCAGCCAAUGCAAUGGCCGGACCCACAACGCCCUGCCCCUCAGUCCCACCCCUGAUGACAUCAGUUGGGGAGCCCAGCGAGUGGAGAACCACUUCUGUCAGAACUGCCAGCUCGCCACCAGAUUCCCGAGGUACAACAAUCCUGAGAAGCUUCUUGAAACCAGGAGGGGGCGCUGUGGAGAGUGGGCCAACUGUUUCACACUGUGCUGCAGAGCCCUCGGCCUUGAGGCCAGAUAUAUCUGGGACAGCACAGACCAUGUGUGGACCGAGAUCUACUCGCUCUCUCAGCGCCGCUGGCUGCACUGUGACUCGUGUGAGAACGGCUGUGAUAAUCCUCUCCUGUAUGAGAUUGGCUGGGGGAAGAAGCUGGCCUACGUCCUGGCUUUCUCCAAGGACCAGGUGGUUGAUGUGACGUGGAGGUAUUCCUGUAAACAUCCAGAUGUUUUGUCGAGAAGGACCAAAGUUCAGGAGGCCUGGCUGCUGCACACCAUUACUGGACUCAAUGCCUCCAGGCAGCAGUCUCUCAGUCCAGACAGGAAGAAGGAGCUGACGGAGCGGCUGCUUGUCGAGCUCGUGGAGUUUAUUUCCUCCAAGAAACCAAAACCAGGAGAGCUGGGCGGACGCAACUCCGGCUCUCUGGCCUGGAGGAUCGCACGUAGAGAGACCAGAAAGGCGGACGCAGGGACCUCCACACAGGCUACAGGUUAUGUGUUCACGCCCACUGAGAAAGAGAAGAGUGACAGGUUGCUGCAUGUGCGCUACAGUGUCACCAAAGACCAGUACUGUCGAGUGUCCAACGACUCUGAGGUCACUCAGAGCUGGGAUCACUGUGUGUGGAGCAAGGAGUCGGUCUUCAGGAAGGUGGAGAACGACUGGGAGAUGGUGUACAUCUCUCGAACAGAAGGCUCCCCUGUGGGAACAAUUUGCUGGAAGUUUGACUUUUCUCCGGCGGGAAUGAAGAUAAAGUCUUUCUCAAUCAUGGCCAGUAGUCAGACCUUCCACUCUGGGAAAGUCAGCUGGAACUUGCACUCGGGCCAGAGUACUACCGAGUUCUCUGGAGAUGGGAAGAUGCAGUCGCUCCAGAGUCUAUCCGGCUCCUCGGAGUUCAUUGUCGUAGCAGAACUCAGCGGCGGAGAGGAGGAGACGUCAUGGCAGCACUCCCAGCUCUUCAGGCAAAGCUUGAAGGAGAAGGAGAAGGAGGAGUCUUCAUUUGAAAUCCUCAUCCAUUUGGAAGAUGCUUAAAAGUUGUAAUUAUUUUUCCAGUGUUGACUGCUUUGGCGAGUUCAGGGCUUAAUUAACAUUACUGGAUGAUAGUUUUGUAUGAUGACAAAUCGGUGCAAUAUUUAAAUGUGUGUCAGACCUCCAGGAUGAGUGAAUAGACGUGGCUUAACAUGAAUGAAGACAUGAAUACUGUACCCAUUGCAGAGAACUGUUGUUUGCAUAUUUUAAACAUUCAUUUGACUGAUGACCAAAUAACCCUCUGAGACAAGCAGUUUAAAAUAUACAUGUAAAAGGGUUUUACACAUAAAAAGCCAUGUUUUGUUGUUGUUUUUUGGCCUGUAAAUGUCAGUAAUUUGUGAUAUCUAGAGACAUUCCACACAGCAAACCCAGGCUGAUGUCCAGCUCAGUUUGCUCCACUUUCUCCUGCUUGGGCUAAUUAUUGUUGGUCAAUGUGUCAUUUAGAAUUCGGCUUCGGCAUCUUUACAUCGUGUGAAGCCAGUAUUAAGUGUUGAAAGUGUGAUUGAAAGGGCAGAAUGUGAGGAAAUAACAUGGUACAUGUUAAUAAAGAUAUUUCUUUUA